AUGCUCCUCGUUUUGGGGGCCCAGGCCAAGUCCAAAGAGAAGUUUGGUCUGAAGGUCAUGGGCUCCUGGGACGACUCGGUGGCCGCCAGCGUGGCCUCAGGCUCCCGGGGCUCUGAGGGCUUAGCAGAGGUGCCAUCCGGAAAGAUCUUGGAUUCUGGAACUCACAGGCACGGAGGCACUGUUGUCCCAACGGUCUCCCUCCUGCCCUCCCUACUUUUUCUCUUUAGAGCACUGAAACACUUUAAAAAAAAAAAAAAACCCUACAUUUUCCAAUGUGAGCCACUUCCUGGUCUCAUUAACUUCAUCCUCGGUGAUUUGGCCAGACGCUGCUUCCAGCCUGAAGCAGGCAGGAGACUAUGUAAGUCAACGGCCUGUCAGGCCCAUCACCAGGCCAGCGUCAAGGUCUCUCCCAAGGACACUGAGAUGAAAACAGCAGAAGAGCCAACCCCGAGUCUUGGGCAGACCCUGGAGUGGCUGAGGAAGGAACUGGCCGAGAUGCAGAUCCAAGACCAGAAGCUCCUGCUCACACUGAGGCAUCUUCGCAGUGUCCUGGAGGAGCUGCGUUCCGAGAGUGCCCACUGGGAGGAUGCCACGUCCAGCAGAGGGACAUCGCCCAUCAGAGCCCGAGCAGGCUCCGAAGGCCGGGGUCACCAGCCCGUGUCAUCCAGGCGGCUGGCCCAGCUCCAGCUCCUCCAAGGGGUAGAUGGCCGGCGAAGCUCCCUCCCUUAGCUGGUCAGAGAUGACCCUGGGCUUGAACCCCUCAUCACUAAUCUAAGUUUUGUGAUGCUGUUGGGGUGGGGGACACUAGGAUGGGAGUCAGGAAGUCCCUAGGUUCACCUCUGUCCUCAUCUACUAAAUGUCCCUGGACCCCUCA